AGCGGGCGGAGCUGCGCACCGCGGGGCGGGGCGUUGCCAUGGCAGCGGGUGCGGCGCUGCGGCCUAGGCCCAGCCGCCAGCCCUACAGCCUCACCCGUCCCCGGUGGGCCCCUCUCGGGUACCCAGCUCCCUCAGUGCCCCCACCGCUGCUGCUUGCCCUCCGCAGCUCCCUGCAGGUCGGUGCCUAGGCACCCCUCACCCCAGAUCUUCCAGCCUUGGGGACGCAACACCUGUCCCUUCCAUUCCCUUGGCAACCCUUUGGUGACACCCACGAUCCGUUCCUAGCACUGCCCACCUUUGCCUCUGCCCCGCAGAGACUCUAUAUCCAUCUGUCUGUCCAUCUGUCCGUCCACCCAGCCUCGUCCUGCAGCAUGGCACACCUCCUGGGCCACCCCGGCUGCAUGGCGAGCCUGCAGGCCGACCUGAAGGACCUGCAGGGAGCCAUCGCCGACGUCACCUCCCGCACCGGCCCCGCACGCUUCCCCUCCUGGAAGUUCCCCAACAAAGUGUCCUGUGAGCUGGAUCUGGAGGCACUGCUGGAGCGGUACAGCCACGCCGAGGGCGACCCUGAGUUCAGCCAGCACGCUCAUGUGGUGCUGCUGGAGCUGGUGAUAGACAGGCUGCUGCUGCUGCUUCAGAGCUUCACAGGCUAUGCAGAAAACCUGCUCAGUGAGCGAGCUGUGCCCCCAGCGGAGGCAGUGGGACCGUGCAUGUCGGCGGGGCUGACGGUGAGGAGGUACUGGCACAGCAUGCUGCGACUGGGGGCCUGCUACCAGCAGCUUCAGACUGAGAAGAAGUCUUGCAGGAAGGAUAUCGCUGCAUUACAAUCCACCCCUGAGGCUGAGAGAACUGCAAAGGAAUGCUUGAAGGACUGCUUGCCAUCUACUUCAGAGCCAAGCACACCCCCAGGUGCUGCCCAGCCCAGCUCCCCAUGGCAGGCUGCCAGCAACACCUCAGGCAGCUCCCAGCCCAGACCUGCCUGCAGCACUGCUGAGCGCAGCCACAGCAUCCCCAUACAGGCAGCAGAGCCUCCAGCACCCUGUGAUACCUGUGCCAGUGCCCAGGCUGGCCUUCAAGAGAUCAGCAAAGCCAUCACCAGUAUCUGCCAGAGCCAGAACAUCCCUUCGGCUCUGAGCAGGUUCCAGGAGCUGGUGGAGGGCACUGAGGGAAGAAGGACCCUCUCUGCAACUGAUGUGAGCUACUGGGUCUCGGAGCAAAGCAAAAACCUCUCAUGCAUCAGCAAACAGCUCCACUCGCUGCUGGAGCAGGUCAACUCUCUGAAGUCUGAGCUGGCAGAGUCAAAGAAGGAGAAGGAUGAGCUGCGGAAACAGGUGAAGGACUUUGCUCGGCUGCUUCAGGCGGAGAAGGAGAUCCAAGCACAGCAGAGGAAGGAGGCCGAGCAGAGCCUGGAAGUAAAGAACAAAGAGCGUUUGGAGGCUGUAGCCAGGCUGGAGCAGGACAAGAAUGACCUGCGGAGAGGAGCUGCUCUGCUGGAAGAGCAAAUCUCUGCCCUAAAGGAAGCACUGGCCACAAAGCAGGCUGCUGUGCAGGAGCUGGAGGCAACCAAGCAAACUUUGCUGGAGGACUUGAAGGCUGUGAUGGUGGCCAAGAGCCGAGUGCUGGAGCUGGAGGAGGAGGUGCAGCUGCUCACCAGCCAGCGGGACAGCCUGGGCCAGGAGCUGAGUGAGGUCACCACCCAGCUGGAGAAGGAGAAGGCCAAAGUGGAGAGCACACUGAGGCAUGAGAAGUCCCUGCAGGCCAAGCAGAGCACCCUGCUGCAGCAGCUGGACAGCCUGGACCAGGAGCGUGAGGAGCUGCAAGCUAGCCUGGGGGAGGUUGAGGAGGACAGAGCCCGGAUGGCAGAGCAGCUGCAGGAGAGCCAGAAGCAGAAGGAGCAGAGCAUGCACCAGCUACGGGUGCAGCAGGAGCUGCUGGACACAUUGCAGCAGGAGAAGCUGAGCCUGGAGCAGUCCGUCUCUAAGCUACAGGAGAAUGUCUCCAGGCUGGAGGAGCAGGCAAAGGAUCUGAAGGAGCGGGAGAAACUCCUGGUGUUCUUCCCUGAGCUCCACAUUCCCAUUGAGACACAGUUUGAGAGCACUGGGAACAUCACGGAGGACAUGGAGAAGCAGCUGCAGGCCAACCACAUCAGGAUUGGUGUGCUGGAGCAGGAGAACAUGCGACUCAGGGCUGCACUGGCCAAGGUGAAGGCAGCUGCUCAGCAGGGUGUGCUGCAGCACAUCCCACAGACCCAGCUGUGGACUCAGCUCAGCAGUCAGCGUGGAGGGGAGACUGCAGGACCUCCGAGCCUCCAAGGCAGUGGAGAUGGCACAGGAUCGCAUAGAGCCACCAGCAAGGCCCGGCAGCGACCUGUGGGCAGCAAGCAACAUAAGCUGCUCCCAGCAGAACCUGCACGUGAGGCCAGACCUUGUAUCACACUGCCAGCGGAGGGCCUGGCACUGGCUCCCCACAAGCCCAGAGGGAGCAGCAGUGCAGCCAGAGCACACCACUUCUUGCACCGCAAAUAGCUGCUUGGGAGACUGAGGCAGAGGUGAAGCAUUAAUGAGCGGCACGCGGCUACUCCCUUUUCCCUGCAGGACCUCAUUACCUGUUGCAAACAUGAAGGUACGUUCCCUUGGGAAACUCGGUCUGCCUUCCCAUUGCUCUGUGCCCAAGGAACAGUGUUGCUGAAUGGCUGUAACACUCGUGGGCAGUGGUCCAGCAGCAGCUGGGAGGCUGAAAGAAAGCUGACGCUCACAGCCAGCCAGCAGCUGUUGCUUCACCUUGUUUGCUACAGGAUGGUGGCCGCAAUAAACCUGUCUGCGCAGCUUCC